AUGAAUGAAUGCAAUAUUACACAAAAUCGUGUCAAAGAUGAUAUUGGAGGCUAUUUAGUUCAAUCAAUUACAUCUGACUCAUACAUCACGAUUGUUAACCUUGUCGAAAAUAAUCAAUCAUCGGGUAAUUUUAAUCACCACUCAAUGAAUCAAACAUAUCCAUCAAAAUUUAAAAUUACUAUGUGUAAUUAUCUUCGAAAUAAAGGUACAAGUGGUCAAUUGAUCUAUUCCAAUUCAGAUCUUUUUAUGAGCUAUUGUUGUAUUUUUAAUAAUGAAAUUGAUUACAUUUUUAGAGCUAUUUCAAGUACAAUAACUUUUGAAAACUCAGUUACAGAUAGUGUUAGGUCAAUAAAUAUGCCACCAACCUUUAAGAACACAUAUUAUUAUAAAUGUCCUUUAUUAAACAAAUCUCCUUUCAAUUACCCUAACAAAGAAGAAGGAGAAUACUUUCCCAAUCCAUUUGUUAAAGGAAUUAAUAAUUUUCCUUAUCUCUUUGUAUUAUUAGCUUCAAUUUGUUCUUAA